GCCAACAAUACCUCACGACCACAACGAUAUCGACACGAAGAUGACCACAUCCACGACAGACACUACAAUGGCCGAUGCAUCGGUACCUUCGGUCGACAUUUCCUCCUCCAAUUCUGACAGACUUCCCACGACGGUCGAAAAGCCCACACCGUACACAUACGACCUCGCAUAUCUCACCGCCACAGACCCGAACCCUCUCCCGUCCACGAGCGCUCUUCUCUCACAAUCCUACACCGCCCGCAACACCAGCUUACAGAGCGUCGCCCGCGACGGAGCCCAGACCCUCCUCAACACCUUGCUGACGACCUGUUCGAUAACCUCGACCCCCGACGGUCUCUUGAUGACCCUGCCACCUCCCGUCACGCAACUGCCGCGGUGGAAACCGCUGCCGAAGCCGAAGGCCCCCACCAAGUGGGAACUGUUCGCCCGGAAAAAGGGCAUCGGCAAGUACGCGGGCAACCUCCACGGCGGCGCGGCCCUGGAGGACCGGAAGAAGAAUCUGGUCUACGACGAGGAGACCGGCGAGUGGGUGAAGAAGUGGGGUUACAAGGGUAGGAACAAGGCCGCCGAGAACGAGUGGCUCGUCGAACUCGACGACGACAAGGCCGCAAGGGAGAGCGAGGGCAAGAACGUGAGGACGGAAGGGCGAAGGGAACGCGUCGAACGGAUGAGGCGCCAGGACCGACGACAGAGGAACAACGAGCGAAGGAAUAAAAAGAGCAAAGUCGGUUGAGUUUUGAGAUCAAGAGGAUCAUGGCGGUGCUGAUGCCUACACUGCAACUUGACGGAGGAAGAUCCUCUCAUAUGACCUAGACGAAGUUUUUCAAUACCCUCAUACGACAUGACGGCGUAUCUCUCUUGUGGACUGCAGUAUGCUGUACACACGAAGAUACUCCGUAUGUCAAGGGUUGACAAUGGACCAGCUCAGAUUUCAUCAAGUCAGAUGCAGAUGGGCUGCUUUGCAUACCCGUACAGUCAGGCACGGAAUCAAGACUUCGAGGCCGUCGCUCGUUAAACAGGUGGAAACGAGAAUAGCGUAUCCAAUCUUGCACGGCCUUCGGCUUCUUCUAUUCAAAUCUCGCAAGGCUCGUGGGUCUUCACAUC